UCUGGUUCCUUCCAGUUCAAAGUGAUUUGGGUCAAUCCUGGAAAGCCUUCCGAUCAGGUAGCCCGGGACUCCAUUUAAAGGACGAAGUUGACACCAGUACAGAAUUUACGCAGGCGUCAAAUUGUAUUCGGGGCUUUCGGGGCUCUCAUUCCAUGACCAGCCCUUCUUGAGGCUCUCACGCGACUGUGGAGUCGUCGACUAUGAGUGGUUGUUUGAGACCUGUGAGUCGGGAGCAUGUUUUCACAUGGUCGUGAGUCAAUGUACACGAGUUUGCUGAGCACGCAAGGGUAUUUCUCACAUUUGGAGAGUUUCUGGGAUAUGGAGCUGCAUUGUGCUGUGAUAAUUCUUUAGAUGGUACAGGGGAUCUGCUGUCAAGGACUCGGGAUCGCAUGCAUGUCUAGAAGGAUAUCGUGAAGAAUUGUUCGAUCAGGUGCGUGGAAGCGAUGGGGAAAUAUCAGCUGAGUCCUCAGGGAACUUACUCGGGUCGACUAGACGCAACUCAGAAAUAUUCUGGUGGUCGCGUCAGUAGCCAGGAUUGUCGCAACCAAGUGAAAGACGCUGUUAAUCAGAGCGAAUCUCCGAAGAAAAAUCGUCAUUAUGGCGUCGUGGAAGGGGAAGGAGUUCAAGACGGAGGGAUGCAACCGCCGAGGUUCAAGCCGAGCCCGCGUCGGGACAGCACUGCGUGCUGUGACGAACUAUCGGAGCGACGGGAGGUGGAGAAACCCAGACUGAGAAUGCAGCGUGCGAACGUCGUGGUGCCAUUGCAGAAUUCGAAUAGCGCGGGUCACAGUUUCCGCUCAGAAGACAGUGAAAGUCUGGCUCUAUGGGAAGAGAAGGAGCAACCGGCGUCGCGCAGCAGCCGGUGGAUGAAGAUCACAACCCAGUCACCGCGGUGGUUUGACGCUAUGCGCAAGUUCGACACUUUGAAGCUUGCAUCAUGGCGAAGCUCUCCAGGUCAACCCAAGUUUUCUCUGGACAAUUCGCAGCGGUCUCUUCACAGGAAGAUAAGCAAUCGCUCCUUACAUGAACUUUCGAAGUUGCCGUGGUACAGGAAUACCUCCAAAAAGACUCGCAAUGGAGAGAGCCGGUCCACUCCAAGCCCAAUCGCGGCUUCCACUUUGUCACGUCUUUGUGGCGAGCUCAAUCCGUCGACAGGUCCCUCCUCCACUUGGGCAGAUGAAACGAAGGAUGAUUGCGAGCGUGGGAGCUUCUCUAGGUUGCGAUACACUCAGCACGUCACGACAGAGGACGUGCAAAUUUCCUGUGUGGUUGCGAGGGACUUGGCACCUAAGGUGAAGCCCGUCCUGGAUAGACCCUAUCUCGUCAAUGGCGUAGUGUGGGAAUCACCUGAAGGCGGGUCAAAAACAGGGAUUGAGAGUGUCACGGAUGCACUCUCAUUUCUUACAUUAGGUGAACUUGAGGCAAUGAAUGACGCUCAAUCUGCCGCUACUGAUGAUGCAUCAAGUGAAGCUGAUAUGCCAACAUUAUAUGAAGAACACACGAGCCCAGCUGAUAAGAACGCCAGUACAUGGCCAGGCGACACCGCACCAGCCAUCAUUGUAGGUGCACCUGCAGUUUUUAAACUUCUAGGUGUUGAAGAAGAAGGUGAGUUGGCUUUAGAGUUCGUCAAGAGCGAAGAUACAGCUUUUUUCAAGAGGGAGGAGACGUUAGGGAGCCUCGGUGUGGGCGAGAUGACUGGAGAUGUAGACGAGACGCAAUUCAUGGCUCUUGAUCCUCUGUCGCGACUCUCCGAUUUCUCCCCAACCUCACCUUCUGGUCGACUGGAGAGUCCCACGACGCCAGAUCAAAUGCUUUCGAGACUUGGCAGCACGGCUUCUAAGUCGUCUCAUUCGUUUCUAUUUGGGAAGAAAUCCGACAACGGAGAGUGUUGUGACUUGUCUUCACCGAGAAGCAUUCUCUGUGGACCGGACCGUGACAGUUUGCCAUCAUCGAAUCCCUCCCUGCGAUCAGAUCCUGGAAUUGUCUCACUCUCAGCCCUGGCAGCGGCCGAAUCGCAACGUAACUCUAGCACCGGCGUGUCAUUCGACCUUAACGAGCAUAAUUUCGAAGAGAUGCACACAGCUUACGAUCUGAACGCGACAGCUCCGUGCAAGCCUGUUGAGUCACGACGCGUUAGUUUAUCCUUCCGCGACUUCGGUCCGCCACGACCCUCCUCAGAGAUUGCGGCCGCCAAAGUCGACCCAAAAGCAGUAGGGGCAGCCACGAGCACGGUGACAAACAUGAAGCUUCUGAAAUGCGAUGAUCAACCGUACAAGAAUGAGCCAUGGUCCUCUCCAAAGCCAUUUCAAUCCCCGGAGCUUUGGUUAAAAACUGUCUCCCCUAAAUAUUACGGGGACGAAUUACCCCAAACCACGCCCGAGACAUGCAUUAGCAGUAGACGUGUUUGCCCGCACUCAGCCCCGCCCCUAAGCCGGCUCUCGCAUGCCAUCCCCCUUGAAGCGGAGCAGCUGCAGCAGAUGCCAAUUGUGGUUCCGAGGUCAAGGUCACGUCAUUCCGAGUUCACGGCUCGCUUCGGGAGGGUGUUCUCCCCGUUACGCUUGCCUGCCAACAGCCGCAGCUGCUUCGAGGCGCAAGUUCUCUCACUACCCCACGACUUCGAAGUCAUGUCACCCACCAACGCUGCAGUUGUGGAGCUUCUGUCGCCCUCCGCACCGCAAUCGUCGACUAAGUUGAAGAGGUUCAAGUCAAGCAGGCGACGCUAUUCUUCGGAGGAUACACCCACCGUGAUGACAUCCAUGAGCAAGGCUGUGAAGAAGAUACUGUCCAAAUGUAAGGUCUCUUAUAGCAAAGGGAAAUACAAAGUGGACUCCCCAGUUGUUGGUACUUCUCGCCCCGCCUCAUUUCAUCAGGGAAUGUGAAGAAACAAGACGAGAUUUAGACACACUGCAUAUACUGCAUCGAAUUCUGUAUCAUGUCCUAAAUUUGCACAAAUUUUCAGUUCCUUUUUAGCGCAAUCUUUUGCGUUCGUCUUCCUUCAGCACAGAGAGCUUGAUGUAAGAAUUGAUGGAUUGAUUCUGCAACAGAAGUGAUUCAGGUCGUCUUGUAGCUCCUCCUUUUUCCAAGCAUCUGCGGGAAUUCGUUUGCUAUACUUCUUCAGCUCUUUACAGAAACCAAUGAGGCUAUGGGAGCCUGCCUUUGAAAGGCACAUAUGAUGUGCAUUGGCCAUGUACAAUAGUCGGGAUAUGAUUCGUGGAAACUGUAGAAUUGAAGCUCGCGUCUGAUCAGCUCAUCUGAUUUUUAGGUCAUUGGUCUGCUUGACAAUGCGAUGGUUUUUGCCAUAUUAUCAGGAUGAGUAAUAGAGAUUGGACAUAGAGCAAAGCUGCGAGGCAGCGAUGUUUAUAUAUUGGACCCAAAUUUUACAGUUGCGCAUACAAGUGGGCAAUGAUAUAAUUCAAGUUGGGAAAAUCCUCAGCAACUGUCUGCUUUCUUACGUCAGUUCGAAUCAUUUGUACAAUCAAAACUUUUCAAUUAAGAUUCAAAACCCACAA